UCUGCUAUGCUUCGUUUCAGUCGGCCACUCUACCAAGCCAUCCGGUCGUCCACCGGCCUCACUGGCCUCGCGGUCCACCCGAACCCCAUUCCUGCCCUCACCAACACCUAUGAAAACACGUUAACUCACCUUGCACGGAUUCCGGAGACGUCAGCGUAUCGCCAGGCGACGGAAGCCCUCAUCCAAAACAAACUCAACAUCGUGAAGGCGGCUGAUGCAGAUAUAGCUGCCGUAGAGAAGGGAUUAGGAGAGGGCAUGAUAGAGGAGUCGCUGCUCAUUGCCGUGGACGAAUUAAAGCUUGCUGCACAAAUGGUAGAUUGGAAAGCAUGGGAGCCAUUAGCAGAGAAACCCGCCCCAGGUCAAUGGGAAUACGUGUCUUAUGUGAUGAUUGGGCCCAAGGUCUGGAAGACGACCACAUGGCUGGAACGGGCAGCAACAUAA